GCGGCGCAGGCGCGGGGCGGGCGGUGCGCGGCGAUGGCGGCGCGGGCCGGGGUCCUGUGGCUGGCGCUGCUCUGGCUCUCGGCGGCGCUGCUGCCCCGCGGCGCCCGCGGAUCGGAGCCUGUGGUGCCGGCAGAGCCGUCGGGCGGCGCGGGCCCUGGGGAGCGGUUUAAGAUCGAGGGCCGGGCCGUGGUACCCGGGGUGAAGCCGCAGGACUGGAUCGCGGGGGCCCGGGUGCUGGUGGACGGGGAGGAGCACGUCGGCUUCCUGAAGACAGAUGGAAGUUUUGUGGUUCAUGAUGUACCUUCAGGAUCUUACGUCGUGGAAGUUAUAUCCCCUGCUCAUAAAUUUGAGCCCGUGCGAGUUGACAUAACUUCAAAAGGCAAAAUGAGAGCAAGAUAUGUGAAUUACAUCAAGCCCUCUGAAGUUGUCAGGCUGCCAUACCCACUCCAGAUGAAAUCUUCUGGACCACCUUCAUACUUCAUAAAGAGAGAAUCUUGGGGAUGGACAGAUUUCCUCAUGAACCCUAUGGUGAUGAUGAUGGUUCUCCCCUUACUGAUAUUUGUGCUUUUGCCUAAAGUUGUCAACACCAGUGAUCCUGAUAUGAGGCGGGAAAUGGAGCAGUCGAUGAACAUGCUGAAUUCCAACCAUGAGCUGCCGGAUGUGUCUGAAUUCAUGACAAGACUUUUCUCUUCAAAAUCUUCCAGCAAGUCUGGUGGUAGCAGCAGUAAAGCAGGGAAAAGUAGUUCUGGAAAAAGGAGGUAGUUAGGUCUUCCUCCUAAGUCUGAGUUUGCACAGCUGUUUGCUAUCCUGUGGUGUCAUGUUUAUUUGUCUUGAAAGAUCAGAAAGCCACUGCUGUAAACUUUAAGCAGGCACAACAUACGUUAUGCUACAAGUGUGGUUUGUAGCUUUUUUUUAGACUGUAUAAGCUGUUUUGUACUUGACAGUAAGCAAAAGAUGACAUGGCUUCAAUACUGUAUCUGUGUAAAGGUAUUGAUGAUACUGAAUUAACUAUAUUGUUCUGUAGAGAAUUAAAUUAUACAAUGUGCUUCACAGUAAUAAAUGUCUUAAGACAAUGUAUAAAAAUAUUUCGAAUAUAAUAGAAGUGGAGUUCAGUUUUAAUGUCUUUAAUGUUUUACACUUGUUGAGUUCUGAAAUGAACAAAUCAUCCUUUCAAAAUGGAGUUGUGAGUUUACUGGGUAAGUAAUUUCCUGUAUCAGAUUGUCACGUGUUACAUACAAAAUCAUUUUAUUUUAUGCUGUUUUCUGCCUGUACAAUUUACAGAAUCACAGAGUGGGUAAGGUUGGGAGGGACCACAGUGGAUCCUCUGAUCUGAUCUCCCAGUCAGAGUCAUUGCAGAGCACACGGCACAGGAUUGCAUCCAGAUGCUUCUUGGAUGUCUUCAGUGAAGGGGGGCUCCACAGCCUCUCUGCACAGCCUUUAGUUCAAAGAUUUUCCACUAUGAAUUGCCCAGUUUUACUCUGAUCUACUUUCUGCUAAAAAACUCUUCAGGGGGAAAGAAAGCAAGGUAUCUUGCAUGAGGUAGUCAUCAAGAUUUUGAGUCUUUUUUUUCUAAGUUACACUUCUGUGACACCAAGGCUUCUUACUGUUUUCAUGGGUACUGUACUUUCGACUUACCAGUGGAAUGAUUUGAGGCCAAAUACAAAUCUUUAAUAAAAAUUUUAAAUGAAGUUCAAA